AUGAGUUACUACGUCGACUACAGGAAUCAUGGGUCACGAGCUACAAAAACCUACAUCAGGCAACCCAGAUGCCGGUCCAGACAUCUGAGGGAGCAAGUUCCAAAACCAAUUUCUUUUGGUCAAGACGGAACAGUCGUAUACCCUUUCAUGGAUGAGAAUGAACAUCAAUACUUUAAUGUAUGUUCUUGCGCUGCUUGCAUGGAAGAUUUCUAUGAGUUUUACGAAAAAAUCCGCAAGAGACGAAGAAAAAAGAAAGAUUCCCUUUAUAAGAGAUAUCUCGAGGGCGAUCCCACUGUUAGACCGUUAGGUGAUGGCAAAUAUUAUUUUAUUAUCAAAUACUGGGAGAAAUGGAAAGAACAUAAAAUCAUGAUGAUGCAAGCAAACAAUUUCCCUCCAUAUGAGGAUUUCACCAAAGACGAUAUCGCUCAUAGUCCGAAGAUCCUCAUAAGAGCCAUCAAUUCUUCUAGACCUGACCAGCUAAGCUAA